AUGGCACUAUUCAUCUUCAGGGUUUUGGGUUUCCCUUUCAUCCCCCUCCCGCCACAACCCCCCUCCCCACCCUUUCCCUCCCUCCCACCCUUUCCCUCCCUCCCUCCCUCCCUCCCUCCCUCCCUCACUCUCUCGCUCCCUCGCCCUGGUUCCUCAUUCCCCCUUCCCAGGUAUCGCAUCAGCCUGUCAGAAGGAGCUGUGAGCGUUGCAGAACCCCCUACCUCUUCCUCCCCCCCUGCUGUGUCUUCCGCCAAUGCCGCCGAUGGUGCUUCUAACGAAGCCUCUUCCCCUUCUCAUCCCGUUUCCUCCCCUCUCCUCCCCUCUCCUCAUCAUCUUCUCUAUCUCAUCCCAUCUCCUCCCCUCUCCUCCCCUCUCCUCCAAUCUCCUCAUCAUCUUCUCUAUCUCAUCCACACUCCUCCCCUCUCCUCCAAUCUCCUCUCCUCUUCUCCUCCCUUUCCUCCCUCCCUCCCAUCAGGCUCUGGCAGUUCCCGGUUCGGCAGCAUCUUCGACGAGGAUCCGAAGCAGUGGAGGCUCGUCGCGGACCUAAUCGGCUCGGCCGGAGCAAUCUUCGAACUAGCCACCCCCCUCGCGCCGACCCACUUUCUCCUCCUCGCAUCCCUCGGAAACCUCACAAAGGCCAUUGCGAAAGGGCUCAAAGACCCGUCGGCUAGGGUUAUCCAGACUCACUUUGCGCUGCAGGCGAAUGUGGGGGAGGUGGUAGCGAAGGAGGAGGUGUAUAAGGUGAUGGCUCAGCUGGUGGGGCUGGGCUGUGGCGUGCUGCUGCUCAGCUCGCCCUACAUUGCCGAGUCGUAUUGGAGCCUGGUCACCACGUGGGCUGUGAUUCGCUCGACUCACCUCACCUUUCGGUUCAAGUCGCUUUCUGUGCUCGAGUUUGACUCUUUGAAUUUCAAGCGCACCGCCAUCCUUGCCCGAGCGCAUGUCUCAGGGGCGGCAGAGCUGCCCUCAGUGCAGGCAGUGAACCGAAGGGAGCGCCUUUGGCUGCCACGCCGCCUCACGUCCCCUCGCAUAAACCUUGGUUGCUCCCUUGCUGACGUGUCCACCCUGCUGGAACAACAGUCGGCCAACCGGAUACCAAUCACAGACCUCCUGUCACUGUACCGGGAGGAGCAGCAUGUGCUUCUAAUGGAUGACAACGGCUCCUUUUCUGUCAUCUUCAAGCAAGGAGCAUCCAAGGGGACGGUUCUGAGGGUCGUGUGGCAGGCAUGCUGGCUGCAGCAGCAGAGGAGGGAGACGAGCAGACAGCAUGGGGCAGAUGGGGAGGAGGGUCACUCUGAUGCCACCGACAGAAGCAACGGCAGCAGCAGUGGAGACAUUAGAGUGACAUUAGACAUUAGCAUUCUGCAGGCAUCGUUGGAUGCGUUAGGCAGUCGGUUUGAGGGGUUCCUUGCCCAGGCAGCUGCAGCAGGGUGGGACACCAACACUCUCGUGGCCAAGGCAUCGUUGGAUGCGUUAGGCAGUCGGUUUGAGGGGUUCCUUUCUCAGGCGGCUGCAGCAGGGUGGGAUACCAACACUCUCGUGGCCAAGGUGCCUCCCUCCGCCCCUCUCCUCAUGCUGAGUUCCUUCCUUGCCAAGGCAGCUGCUGCAGGGUGGGACACCAACACGCUGGUGGCCAAGGUGCCUCCCUCCGCCCCUCUCCUCAUCCUGUAA